AUGAGCAACGAUUCGCUCAAACAGCUUGCGAGAUAUCAUCCUAAUCACCCUGAACCAAAAGUUGGUGUUGAAUUCUUCGGGUUUAUAAAGGAUGCCAAUUAUGUUGAUCCUGAUCCAGUUGAUCACAAAAACUGGAGAAACGAAGAAGAGAUGAAAGAGGCUGCCUAUGCAGAAGAGCUGAAAACUCUUGAGGAGUUUAAAAGCAUCAAAAAUGAAUGGUUUGUCAAAGAAACAGGGAGGAGACGCAGAAAGGCUACUCCUAAAGUUCAAGAGGGUGAAGGGUCACCAUCACAACCAAAGAAGAAACAAAAGAAAGUCGCGAAAACGUUAUUGAUUGAUGAACCUGAAGAAGAUGAGACAGUUGUAGCUACGGAAGAUGAUCCAUUUAAUGCUAGUGAAGAUAUGAUGUUUAAUGUUGAUGUCUUGGAAACCGGGCCAACAGUGACUGCUGAAGUUGAUCAAGCGGUUAAUGUCGAAGCUGGAAAAGAGAAGGUUAUUGAUGACAUUGAAGGUGAUGAUGUGGAUAAGAGCACUACAAGUUCUUCAAGCUCUUCAGAUGAUGAGAUUGACGAAACUGAAAGGUUGAAAAGAAUUCAGGCGGAGACAGAGAAAGAAAAGUUAUUGAGGAAGAGAAAGAGACAGGAAAAGGAUGAUGAUGAUGAUGAAGCUUAUGUUCCUUCUCCAGAACAUGUCUCUGAGUCACAAUCUCCUUCUGUCGGCCGAAAGAAAGCUAGAGCACGAAAGAAAGUGGUAUCUCCAAAAGUUCGAAAAGUUACACCGAAGAUUAAAAUGCCGAAGAUUGUAUUGAAAAAGAAACCUUCCAUAGAAACCAGGAAACCACCAACACCACCACAUGAACCAACACCACCUCAAUCACCAAUCCAAUCACCUCCACGAGAUUUUGAUUUUGCAAACACCUCACAGGUCAAGAAUGUUGAAAAGAAAGUUGAUGAAGUGAUUGCUGAAAACAAGAAGUUAGCUGCUGAGAACAAGAAAGUUUCGGAUCGUGAGAAAAUUCUUGAGAUGCGUGUGAAAAGGCUAGAGGGUGAUAACAAAGAGUUGUUGAAAAAGAUUGACAGUGAUCAAUCAGAGAUAGAUAUUUUGAAGGUGCGAGUUGCUGAGCUUGAAGAAAAAAAAGCUUGA